GCAAAAGCAUGUGGGUGUGGGAUUUGUUUAGAAAUUUCUUUCGUAGAACGGUCUUUGAUCAACGUUUUGAUUGACGUUUUCAAUUCAGUGAGGUAUUCUUUCUUCUAAAUAGCGUUAUAAUGGAAUCUUCCGAUGAAGUUGAAACACCAUUAAAAUGUAAGAAGAGACUUUUGAGCAUUGACGAAAAUCCUGAUGGACCCGAAAAUAAAAAGAUUGUGAAUGAUAAAAAAAUUUCGGAUGAAGAGGAAGAAGAAGCAUUACCAGCAAAUGAUCCUUAUACAAAUCAUUUUAAAUGUGAAUUGCCAGAAAUUUCUGCAACAGGAAAAUUAAAAUUUGAUAGCAAAAAAUUUGAUUGGGAGAAUAUUGGGACAUUUAUUCACUCUAAACCUCAAAUAUCGGUUAGUGAAAGCAAAGAACCAUCAAUUGGAAAAAAAAUUGAAACUUUUGCUUUGAAAAAAAAUUUGUAUUCCGCUUUUCAAAAUAUUCCUUUAUUUGAUUUGGAAAAAUCACCCGAUGAAUUGUCUUUAUUUAAUUUAAUUUUAAGCUAUUUUGAUGUUUUGUACAUGAAAAGAACUUAUCAAAAUGGUGAAAAUUUAAGACUUUUGUACAUUCUUCAUGUGUUAAAUCAUGUGCUAAAAACAAGCGCUAAGAUCAUUCAUCAUAACUCAAAACUAGCUAAAAAUCCUGAUGAAGAGUACAGAGAUCAAGGUUUCACUAGAACAACUUGCAUCAUUUUGGUCCCUUUUCGACACGAUGUUCACCGGAUCGUCUCUCAACUCACUUCUUUGUUGCCCAAUGCUGAUGUUAGGAAUAGAAAACGUUUUGAAGAUGAAUAUGGUUCCCCACCGAAAUCGGAACGAAUGAAGAAGAAACCCCAAGAUUAUGACGAAACAUUUGAAGGGAAUACCAAUGAAGAUUUUAAAAUAGGUCUUUGUAUAAAGAACAAAAGCAUCACACUAUAUUCCGAGUUUUAUAAAUCAGAUUUGAUAAUAGCAUCUCCGCUUGGAUUGAGACAAGUUAUAGGAGCUGAGGGAGAGAAAGAUAGGGACUUCGACUUUUUGUCAUCGGUUGAAAUAUUAGUUAUUGACAGGGCAGAUGUGCUUUUUUUGCAAAAUUCCUUGCAUCUUCUCCAUGUGCUGAAACAUAUGAAUCUUCUACCCAAGGAAUCUCAUGGAUGUAAUUUUUUCAGAGUAAAAAUGUACGCUCUAAAUGGAAUGGCCAAGUUUUAUCGCCAAACCAUUUUGCUGAGCUCAGUUGAAAAUACAUGGUUUGAAACAUUCAUUUUUCAAAAUCAGUGUUUCAAUUAUUCUGGAUAUUUGAGUUCUGUGACUAAAGUUAAGAGCCCUGCAAUACAACAAGUCCUUGAGCCAAUGAAAAUGUGUUUCAGAUGGUUUGAAACAAGCACCUUGGAAAAUGAAAUAGAUGAUCGGUUCAACUUUUUUAUUACGAAAGUUUUGCCAGACUUCAAGGACAAUGCUAUGGCUCAAACAUUAGUAUAUAUUCCUUCCUAUUUUGAUUUUGUUCGGUUGCGGAAUCAUUUUCGUGAAAUGGAACUCAGCUGUGUAAUGAUUUGUGAGUAUUCCAAGAAAGGAAAAAUUGCUCAAGCAAGAGAUGUGUUUUUCAAAGGAUACAGGCACUUUAUGUUGUAUACAGAGAGAGCUCAUUUUUACUCCAGGUACCAUAUCAAAGGAAUUCAGCACAUUAUAUUUUACCAACUACCAUUAUAUCCUAGUUUUUUUCAUGAACUAUGUAAUGCUUUGAUGGAUUCAAAUCCUCGAAGAAAAUUCGAGGAAAAAAGUUGUACUGUGUUGUCUAGUAAGUUUGAACUGCUUCAAAUGAAACAUAUUGUUGGUCUUGCUGAAACAAAACAUAUGUAUAAUUCUAAAAAGAAAAUUUUUGUAAAAUACACAGAAAAAUAAAAAAUAAAAAUGC